CUCUUCUUCUUCUUCCUUCUUCUCGUAGCUUCAAAUAGAUUCAUCAAAAAAAGAGUAAAUAACAUCAAAAUCCACAUAACCAAAUCAGAAAAUGUCAGUAGUUUUACUCUCUUCUACUUCUGCAACAAUCACAAAAUCCCAAUCCAAAAAGAUUCCCUUUUUAUCUCCCACCACAAAAUUCCCAUUCAAAGUCUCAAUUUCUCCAUCAAGAUCGAAACUUUUCAACAACCCUUUACGCGUGGCGGCGCCACCGUCUAUACCCACUUCGGAUCCGGCGGAGGAGAAGCGGAUAGAAGAAGAGUUCGGCGGAGAUAAGGAAGAAGAAGAGUCUGAGUUUAAGUGGAGAGAUCAUUGGUAUCCAGUUUCUUUGGUAGAGGACUUGGAUCCGAACGUACCAACCCGGUUUCAGCUCUUGGGUCGAGACCUUGUCCUCUGGUUUGAUCGGAAUGAUCAGAAAUGGGCCGCCUUUGAUGAUCUUUGCCCUCACCGGCUCGCUCCUUUAUCUGAAGGAAGGUUGGAUGAGAAUGGACACUUGCAAUGUUCGUAUCAUGGAUGGUCAUUUAGUGGGUGUGGAUCUUGCACUAGGAUUCCACAGGCUGCUACUUCAGGUCCUGAAGCUCGUGCUGUUAAAUCCCCGAGAGCUUGCGCUAUUAAGUUUCCGACAAUGGUGUCUCAAGGUCUUCUCUUUGUGUGGCCUGAUGAAAAUGGUUGGGAUAGAGCAAAUUCAAUUGAACCGCCUAGGUUGCCAGAUGAUUUUGAUAAACCGGAAUUUUCGACGGUGACAAUUCAGAGGGAUCUUUUCUAUGGAUAUGAUACUCUCAUGGAAAAUGUAUCUGAUCCUUCCCAUAUAGAUUUUGCUCAUCACAAGGUUACAGGAAGAAGAGACAGAGCCAAACCAUUGCCGUUCAAGGUAGAGUCAAGUGGGCAUUGGGGUUUCCAAGGUGCGAAUGAUGACAAUCCAAAGAUAACCGCAAAGUUUGUUGCUCCGUGCUAUUCUUUGAACAAAAUUGAGAUCGAUGCGAAGCUACCAAUCUUCGGUAAUCAAAAAUGGGUAAUUUGGAUUUGCUCAUUUAACAUACCAAUGGCUCCAGGAAAGACCCGUUCCAUUGUUUGCAGCGCCCGUAACUUCUUCCAAUUCUCUGUACCAGGACCCGCUUGGUGGCAGGUUGUACCGAGAUGGUAUGAACACUGGACGUCGAACUUAGUCUAUGACGGAGACAUGAUAGUACUUCAGGGACAAGAGAAAGUAUUCCUCUCUAAAUCAAUGGAGUCACCGGACUAUGACGUGAACAAACAGUACACAAAGCUUACAUUCACUCCAACCCAAGCAGAUCGUUUCGUUCUAGCUUUCAGAAACUGGCUCAGACGGCAUGGCAAGAGUCAGCCUGAAUGGUUUGGCUCCACCACAUCUAACCAACCACUCCCUUCCACCGUCUUAACCAAGCGUCAGAUGCUAGAUAGAUUUGAUCAGCAUACACAAGUAUGUUCCUCCUGCAAAGGAGCUUACAACAGUUUCCAAAUCCUCAAGAAGUUUCUCGUUGGCGCGACGGUUUUCUGGGCCGCCACAGCUGGUGUUCCUUCUGAUGUCCAGAUUCGACUGGUUCUGGCGAGUUUAUCACUGAUAUCAGCUGCUUCCGCAUAUGCUUUACAUGAACAAGAGAAGAACUUUGUGUUUAGAGAUUAUGUCCAUUCUGAAAUCGACUUCAAUAGCGGUGCAAAUGAAACCCUAAAAGUAUCUGAGCGAAGGUUCAAUUUUGAAGUUGUUUCCCAGAAGAAAGCUAAGAAACUUCGAAAGGUAAUCUUGAAAGAGGAUGUGACGGAUUUGGGUAAGCAAGGGCAAUUACUUGAUGUGAAAGCUGGAUUUUUCAGAAACUUCCUUUUGCCUACGGGAAAGGCUCAGCUUAUGACUCCACUUCUGCUCAAGGAAUUGAAGAUGGAAGACGAACGGAUAGAGGCAGAAAAGCAAAGGGUGAAAGAAGAAGCACAACAACUGGCGAUGGUAUUUGAGACCGUUGGUGCUUUCAAGGUUAAACGUAAAGGUGGUAAAGGCAAACUGAUAUUUGGAUCUGUCACAGCACAAGACCUCGUCGACAUCAUCAAAGCGCAGCUUCAAAGAGACAUAGACAAACGCCUUGUCUCUCUCCCGGAAAUACGUGAAACAGGAGAAUACAUAGCCGAACUCAAGCUUCAUCCCGAUGUCACAGCUCGAUUUUGUCCAAUGGAGUUUGAAGGUGAUAGGAACGUUUACCUGAGAGACACAUGGAGAGAACAAAAUAUGAUCUGCAGUAUCUUGCCCAUUAACCCGAGCUCGAGCGGGCUAUGGCCAUCCCCGAAGAUCCCAGAUCAUAGAGCGAACAUCAAGUUCUAUGAUUACAUGUUUCCUCAUGUUCAGAUUAUAUUCCUCAUCGUCACCAUUCUCUGGCAGUUCUUCCAUUUCUUCCUUAAACGUCUCGGCAUGAUUCGUUUCACCUCUCAUAUGCUUACUGGGAUUCUCCUAAGCAAGUCCUUUUUGAAGGAGAAUACACCCGCGAGGAAAUUUUUCUCGACGGAAGACUACAAAGAGACUCUGUUUGGUCUGGUGGGUGCGUGUUCCUACAUGAUGUUUUGGUUCUUGAUGGGAGUUAAAAUGGACUUGGGUCUGAUCCGCAGCACUGGGAGAAAAGCCGUUGCUAUCGGUCUUUCCUCAGUGUUACUCUCUAUAACGGUUUGCGCCUUUAUCUUCUUCUUGAUCCUAAGAGAUGUAGGGACGAAAAAGGGAGAACCAGUUUUGAAUUUCUUUGAAAUCAUUUUCAUCUAUUUGAUCCAAUGCCUUUCGUCGUUUCCCGUAAUUGGAAACCUUCUUUUUGAGCUUAAGCUCCAGAAUUCAGAGCUUGGCCGUCUUGCUAUGUCCUCUGCAGUGAUCAGUGACUUCAGCACCUCAAUUCUCUCCGCGGUUCUAGUCUUUAUAAAGGAACUCAAGGAUGAAAAAACUCGGCUUGGAUCCAUUUUUAUCGGCGAUGUUAUUGUCGGAAACCGUCCUAUGAAGCGUGCAGGCACAGUGGUGUUCUUUGUUUGUUUCGCCAUAUACAUAUUCAGGCCAUUAAUGUUCUUCAUUGUCAAGAGAACGCCUUCUGGUCGCCCCGUAAAGAAAUUCUAUGUAUAUGCAAUCAUCAUUCUUGUCUUUGGAUCUGCCAUUCUUGCGGACUGGUGCAAGCAAUCUAUCUUCAUGGGACCUUUCAUCUUAGGUUUAGCUGUUCCGCACGGUCCACCUUUGGGCUCUGCAAUCGUCCAGAAGUUGGAGUCUGUGGUUUUCGGCACAUUCCUUCCCUUCUUUGUGGCUACCUCCGCGGAAGAGAUUGAUACUUCGAUUUUACAGUCUUGGAUAGAUUUGAAGAGUAUUUUCAUCAUUGUGUCUGUAUCGUUUGUUGUCAAAUUCGCUCUCACGACUCUCCCAGCCUUUUUAUACGGUAUGCCAGCAAAUGACUGCAUUGCUCUGUCUCUUAUUAUGUCAUUCAAAGGCAUUUUCGAGUUUGGCGCUUACGGUUAUGCGUAUCAAAGAGGGACUAUUAAGCCGGUGACCUUUACGGUUUUAUCUUUGUACAUCUUGUUUAACUCUGCAGUCAUACCUCCGAUCUUGAAACGCAUUUACGAUCCUUCGAGGAUGUACGCAGGAUACGAGAAGCGGAACAUGCUUCACAUGAAACCAAACUCGGAGCUCAGGAUUCUAUCGUGUAUCUACAGAACAGACGAUAUCCGUCCCAUGAUUAAUCUCCUUGAAGCUACUUGUCCCUCAAGAGAAAACCCGGUAGCUACUUAUAUCCUUCACUUGAUGGAGUUAGUAGGACAAGCCAGUCCAGUCCUCAUCUCUCACCGAUUACAAACCCGUAAAAGCGAGAACGCGUCUUAUAAUUCUGAAAACGUCGUUGUCUCAUUCGAACAGUUCCACAAAGAUUUUUUCGGCUCUGUUUUCGUCAGCACUUACACGGCUUUAUCCGUGCCAAAGAUGAUGCACGGAGACAUAUGUAUGCUGGCUCUCAACAACACAACGUCUCUCAUCAUCCUUCCUUUCCACAUAACUUGGUCCGCUGAUGGAUCAGCCAUUGUUUCAGACAGCAAGAUGAUCCGGAAACUAAACAAGAGUGUCCUCGACCUCUCUCCUUGCUCUGUCGGAAUCUUCGUUUAUCGAAGCAAUAAUGGCCGAAGAACAAUCAAAGAAACAGCUGUAAACUUCUCAUCUUACCAAGUCUGUAUGCUCUUCCUCGGAGGUAAAGACGAUAGAGAAGCUUUAUCACUCGCUAAGAGAAUGGCCCGUGACUCAAGAAUCAACAUCACAGUGGUUUCACUCAUCUCUUCCGAACAGAAAGCUAAACAAGCAACCGAUUGGGAUCGAAUGCUCGAUUUAGAACUACUCAGAGACGUGAAGAGCAAUGUUCUUGCUGGUGCUGACAUUUUCUUCUCCGAGGAAGUAGUGAAUGACGCAAAUCAAACAUCACAAUUGUUAAAAUCAAUUGCGAAUGAGUAUGAUCUGUUCAUAGUCGGAAGGGAGAAAGGAAGGAAGAGUGUUUUCACCGAAGGGCUUGAAGAAUGGAGUGAAUUCGAGGAACUUGGCGUCAUUGGAGAUCUCUUGACUUCAGAGGAUCUUAAUUGUCAAGCUUCUGUGUUGAAACAUCGAUCGAUUAACGCUGGAAAUGGCAAUGAGAUUCCAUUAGGACUUCGGGAAGUUGCGUCGGUAGAUAUACAGAGUUGUAAAGCCCUUGUUGUUACCACUUCAUGUUAGGAAUUGAUUAGAAAUAAGGACUUUCUUGAGCUACAAGUAACGAUUACAAUGUUUUUGAUGUUGUAUAUAUUUCAACCUUUUUCGGUCUGUGAAUAAUUUGAGAAGUUUCCU